UAUGUUUGCUAAUAUGCAGUGAAAUUCAAAUAUAGUCUAUGUAGGGUAAAGUUUCAAUUAUUAGCAAUGCAUAAAAUAAUAGAAUUUGGAGAUGAAAAUAAACGAAAUUAAAAAAAAACACCAUGGAAUCCUCCCAAUCAACUGGAUAUAGGGAUGUAUGCCCCAUGUUUUUCUUGGGUUAUCAAAAUCUUGAUCCAAAAAGGAACAUGACACCAGAAGAUCUUAUUUUUCAAAAUAUCAAACUUGAUCAAGAGGAGAAGAUAUCCAUAUCAGAGAUGAUCAAACAGCAACCAGGAAAAUGCCUAUUUGUUUUGGAUGUACCUGAAAUCUUGGAUUAUAAAACCCGUAUUUGUGGAAAGAAAAUUUUGUUGCAGCUGAUUCAUGAAAAGUUGUUUCCUCAUGCCCGCGUCAUUACAUCUGAGAGAUAUUUCAACUCAAAUGAUUCUGAGCCUCAGAAAAUAAUAGCUUUUUGUGAUUUGACUCAUGAUUCUAUUGAAAUGAUUGCUAUGGGAUAUCUUGGGGGAACACAUGGAAUUGAAAUAAUGCAAAUUUCACAACUGAAAUCAACUUCACUCUCAUCGCUUUGCAACAUUCCAGUAUUCUUGACAUACUCCAUCAUUGGCAUAAAAACUGAUGACUAUUUUAAGCCAAGCUCAAUAUCAGAUGUUAUGAUAGGGUCGAAAAAUAUUUUGAAUAUGGAGGAUCUUCUUGGAAAAUUGAAUAUGUUAGUAUACACAGGAAUUCAUAAGAAUAAAGCAAUAUUCAAUUCUCAAGAUUUACAAAGACACCACCUUGCAUUGAAAGAAACUGGAGAUUUCACAUCUUUAAAAGUUAGGAUGCCCAAGGAAACAACUGGAGAUUUACCUGUGGAGCAACUCAUGUCAAAUUUUCUUAAUGGAGUAGAAACGCCUCAUGACAUAAUCGAAAAAUGGCGAGAACAAAAUGUACUACUACAUUGGAAUGAGAUUCAAAUCGCUCAUACAAAUGUUACAAAAUCUACAAUUGAGUUUGUUUCAAAAGUCAUCAGUAUUUCAUCUAGUAUAUUAGAAUUUGCAUUGCGUGAUGUAAACCUGACAACAGACACCAUUCUCUCUUACUUCAAGAAUUCUUUUUGCCAUAUACACGAGUUUUCAGUUAACUGCGAAGAAAACAUAUCCACUCUACUGCCUACGAUUUGCAACAUCUUAUCAAACUGCAAAUCUAAAAUACUCAACGUGAGUGAAAAUGAUAUUUCAGAAGAGUUUCUAAGAAAGUUGUCCCAGACUCUUGAUGAUACGAACUUGGUGAAGACACUCAUUGGGCUAGAUCUCAGCCAUAACACAAGUAUUCAAGACUUUUCUUCGCUAGCUGAUAUUAUGAAGAAAUUACCAAUUGAAGUAUUGAGACUGAUGAAUUGUGGAAUAAUAGAAGAAAACCUAAAAUCUUUAACCAUAAAUAUUUUUGAGGGAAAGGUAAAACAUCUGAAUCUGAGUUACAAUCCUGAAAUGACAUCUUCUUGUUUCAAAAUCAUCGUUUCUUUGCUGCAUACGAAUGAUGUUGAUUUUCUUGGGUUGAGUGAAUGCGAAUUGACCAAUGAGAAAAUCAAUGCAUUACGGGAGUCAUUGCAAUCUGGAACUUCGAUUCGUGCCUUUGACAUCAGUUAUAAUGAAUGUUUGGAGUUUGAGAACAAAUCAGACUUAAUACUGCUGAUAAAAAAUCAUAAUGUCAAAGACCUAAAUGUAUCCGGUUGUGAGCUGACGGAAGAUCAAGUUGAAUCGAUGGGAAAAGCUUUACAAGGGCAUAAGUUUGAAACACUAAACAUCAGUGACAAUGUGUCAAUACGUGAUGGUGUUAAACAUGUUGGCGAAAUGGUUGGAACUUGUCCUAUUGUCAAUCUCGAUAUGAGUGAAUGCAUGUUCAACACAAGACAGCUGAAUUCUUUCGUGGACGAACUUGGUUCUUCUCAGUUGAAGACUCUAAAUAUCAGUGAUUCAAAGCGAUAUGUGGACACUGAGUAUAUUAAAGUUGUCUGCAAACUUGUUCCAAAAGUUAAAAAAGAGUUAACUGUAUGCUUCUCCCGCAUGUCUGAAGGUUGCUUGGAUUUGUUGCAAACAACAUUGGAUCAUACUGGCAACAAAAAUCUUCGUAUUACAUAUGGCUACAAAACUGACAGCAUCAAACCAAUAAACAACAUCAAGUUCACUCCUUCUAUCGACAUGCGGAAAUAUCUUGUAUACAAAACCAAUGUACUCUCAUGAUGUUUUGUUGUAUGGUUCACUGUAAUAUUCAUUAUAGCCAGUGUUUUAUAUUAAGUACAUGCAUUACUGGUAAGAAAUAAAUGAUAUUGAUAACGGCCGCACAUUUGUUUAUGACUUUAUGGAAUAUAUUUGAUAGCAAGAACAAAACAUUGUGCAUUGUUUUACCUUGCCUCUUGAUAUCAAAUGCAUUUAAUAGAUAGAAGUAGACAAUAUACCCGUUUAUUAUUGCCUGUAAACUUGUCAAACUUAUAUUCUAUGUUUCUUACCUGUCAUGACUGUACUUUCUGAGCAAUAUGCAUUGCCUUCUGUUGAUGUAAUUCACCUCAGUUGUGCGAAUUACCAAUCCCAUGUAUGGGUUUUUUGUUUUGUACUUUUUAAGAUAAACAAUAGCACUUAUGACCGCUGAAAAAUAUUAAUUUACUUCAACUAACUUUAACCUAUAUCCCUAUUGUUCCGUCAUUUGUUUUUGUGGAUCCAUAUUCAUACAUGGAACAAUCAAUAGUUAACUAUUCUUAUACUGAAUAGUUGACAUAGAUAUCCACUUAUUUAUUUAAACAAUAAUGCACGACUGAUGAAAACAUGAUUUUAUUUAGUUAUCAGCCGUUUCUCUGCCCAUACAGGCACUUUUCUGAAAUCGGACAACAUACGAGUAUAUAUAUAUAUGGUAUAGAGGUAUAUAUGGCUACAUUGUUUAUCUAGUAACAAUAACUAAAAAGUGUCUGAUAGUACAUAAAUCUUAUCAUUUAUAGAUUUUGCUCUUUAUACUUUCCCUAAUAAGUCAAUUCCUGAAACGACCGUCGUUUUACAAUGUUUCGUAUCUAAUUCACAUCCCAUGCAAUGAAAUGUAGCACCAUAGAUGCUUUCUCAAACAAGUUUUAGAGACAUAAAAACAUUUUAUUUUACGACAUUGCCCAUAGGACAGAUUCAUAAUCAUAAAAUCAUAUCAAAAUAUGCUUUUAAUAAGAAAAGGCUUAUCAUAUCCACGUAUGGAACAAUUAUCUGGUUAACUAGUAUUAUUUUCGACUAGUGCAAGGAACCGCACGACGUCUGUGCUCCUUUUUCCGAAAUAAGUAAACCUAGAAGUGGCAGAAAAAAAAAAAAAAAAAA